AUGUCCGAUUCCAAGAAUCCGGUCACCGUUCAGACGGCCGACUCGAUCGACUGUGUGUCGUCCUCGUCGCAGCCGAAGAAUGCCUCGGUCGCGGUAGUCUCCUCCGCCACGGCGGAAGAGACUCCCGUCGUGCUGGCGGAUAAGGUUGACGAGGAGAAGAAGGGUUUCUUGGCGUAUUUCAAGACCAAGGAGUUCUACAUUGUCUUGGCUCUUGGACAACUGCUCGCCAUCGCCAACACCUCCACUAGCACCUUCACCACGCUUCUGGGCGAGGAAGGCUGGGCCAUCCCCACGUUCCAGACGCUGCUGAACUACAUUGUGCUGACCUGCAUUUUCACGCCUUACACGAUAUACCGUUACGGAUUCAAGGGCUGGCUCCGUGUGAUCUACACUGACGGCUGGAAAUAUAUUAUUCUCGCUUUCUGCGAUGUCGAGGGCAACUACUUUGUCGUGCUGGCCUAUCAGUACACCACCAUGCUCAGCGCCCAGCUGAUCAACUUCUGGGCUAUUGUGGUCGUCGUCGUUAUCUCAUUCUUGUUCCUCAAGGUCCGCUACCAUAUCACUCAGAUCGCGGGUAUCGUCAUUUGCAUUGGUGGCAUGGGUGUUCUCAUCGCCUCGGAUCACAUUACCGGUACCAACGGUGGCGAUAUCUCCAGCGGUCACCAGUUGAAGGGUGACCUGUUCGCGCUGCUUGGUGCUUCUUUCUACGGCCUGACCAACACCGCGGAGGAGUACUUUGUUAGCAAGAAGCCCGUGUACGAGGUCUUGGGCCAGCUGUCGCUCUACGGAUGCAUCAUCGACGGUGUACAGAGCGCCAUCUUUGAGCGCAGCAACUACCACACUUCCGUCUGGGACGGUAAAGUGGGUGGUUACCUGACCGGUUUCACGCUGUGCCUGUCGCUCUUCUACUGUCUGGCCCCGCUGAUGUUCCGCCUGUCAUCUGCUGCGUUCUUCAACAUUUCUCUGCUUACCAUGAACUUCUGGGGUGUCUGCAUCGGCAUCAAGGUCUUCCACUACCACAUCCACUGGAUGUACCCCAUCGCCUUUGUUCUGAUCAUCAUCGGCCAGUUGAUCUACUACCUGGGUCGUAAGGCUCUGGCUGAGGCCCGGAAGCCCUGGCUGGGUGCUAACCAGGAGAAUGGUGUUGCUGGGUUGUUCACGGCCAAGCAGCGCAUCGAACAUGCCACACCUGCUGGUGCAGACCCUCAGGACCACAAUCCCGAGCGCCCGCCCGCGCAGAACACCAGCUCUGUCUAA